CUGUUUUUCGUUAUCAAGGUUAUUUUUUAUCAAUUAAUUAAAAUUUCAAACACGAGUUGAUGAAAAACGAUCAUUUUUGGAGAAUCUGAGUUUCGUUUUUUACGUAGUUGUGCUCAAUAGUCUCAUUUUACGGUGAUUGUUCGUACAACUUAGUGCUUGAAUUUUCGAGUUGACCACGUUGAAAUGGGUUUUACGAGUCUAAACAUCAUUCUAGAUAAGCCGGAUAAGGUUUAUUAUCCGGGAGAAAUGGUAACCGGUAAAGUACGAUUGACGCUGGAUUCUAUGAAGAAAAUCAGAGCUGUUGAACUUAAACUGAAAGGAAGAGCUAAGUGUAAAUGGGAUGAACAAGAAACCUACCAUGAUCACGAAGGUAAAAGUCAUACCAGAACAGUUUGUCGAAAAUCAACCGAAACCUAUCUAAAACAAGAACAAAUUUUGAUCGGAGGAAGAGAUAAAUUUGAAUUGGCUGCUGGAGAACAUGUUUAUCCAUUCAGUGUCAUAUUACCAAUUCGUGCUCCAGCCUCUUUCAACGGUUCUUACGGAGGAGUAUCGUACUAUGGAAAAGUAAAAAUUGAUAUUCCAAUGGCCAUCGAUAAAAAAGAACGAACCUGUUUUACCGUACUCAAUCCUCUGAAUCUCAAUUUAUUUCCCAAUUUAAGAACUCCGUAUAAAAACGAAAAAAACAAAACGUUCUGUUGUCUGUGCUGUGCCAGUGGUCCUCUCACCAUCGUUGUGCAUUUACCCAAAACUGGAUUCGCUCAAUCAGAACCAAUUCCGAUCACUUUGGAAAUCGACAACGCCAGUAACGUUACCGUGAACGCGGUUCAUAUUUAUUUGAAACGAGAAAUAAAAUGGACAGCGGAGGGAGACCAUAAACACGAAGAUAUAAAACUUCAAAAAUUACGUUUAGGCGGUGUGGAACAAGGACAGUCUCAUACUUGGAGUGAGAAUUUUACGAUUCCGCCCGCUACGUACCCGAACUUGGAAGGUUGUUCGAUCAUUAAAAUAAACCACGAAUUACACAUUGAAGCUGACGCAUCAGGUAUGCAUUCUGAUCUAGAUAUGCAUAUUCCUGUUACAAUCGGUGACAUCCCUCUGAGCGAAGAUCCAAACGCUCCCAUUAUUACUCCUCAACCUCAAACCUAUCCGAACAACAUACCCUACAAUCCUAACGGUGGAAUGCAAAUGCCACCACCAGGAGUGCCCAUGAACCCGGUCCCUUCACCUUAUCCAACCCAAGGUCAACCAGCUGCGACUUACCCAUACCCAGGAAACCAAGCUGGCGGAGCGCCUUUUGGAGUACCUCCUUUACAAAUCUGUCCUCAAGCUCCUCCUGGUUACCAACCUGGAAUGACCGGUCCUCCGAAUCCCGGUUUCGUUGCACCUAAUCCGUAUCCGAAUGCUGGAGGAAUGCCUCAAAUGCCCCCUCCUCCUACUGCUCAAGGAUAUCCUCAACCGGGUUAUCCGACUGGCGCGUAUCCGGUUCCAGGAGGUGCUGUUCCGGUGCAGCAGUAUCAGCCGGAAGUACCACGUCAGCCGGCUACUAAUCCCGAGUGUGCUCAGAAUGCUGCUCCUCAUCUUCCGGUUCCGUACAAUGCCGCUGCUGGAGAUGGUUUAACGCUUCCUUCGUUGGAUAGCAGUGUGCAAUUUGACAAGUCGUCGUUUUUGAAUGAUUCGAAGAGUCAUGAUGCUGAAAAUGUUACCGCUGCUACGCCUUUACUGCCAUCAUCUCCUUCCGCUCCUCCAUCCUAAGUCAAGUGUGACAUUCAACGUACUGCUGUUUCUGAAUAUUUUUAAUUUUUAUCUUCAACAGCGAGUUGUUUUUCAAAUAAGUAUUUCGUACUUAUAAAAGUUUAUUCGUGUUAGAUAUUUUAAAAGUUUAAUCGUCUCAAUUCUCAGGUUUUUUGAAAUUAUAUCAGAGCUUAAAAAGUUGCCUUAGAUUAAAGAGUUUAUAUAAAUAUGGCACAUAAUAUUUUCGCAUUUUACCAGUUAUUUUUUUUAAUGUUUCGUUAUUGUUGUGAACGAACCAAUUUUAUACUUCUUUUUUGUUUUUAUAAUGAAUACUCUUACUUAAAUUUUCGAAGUGCUAUUCUAAUUUUUCUAAAAUAAAUCUGUCCUUAUAUAUUGUGAUUACGAAUUUUCUACAACCUAAGAGAAUAAGAAUUGAUCUGCAGAGCUUAUUGAAUAGUUUUAGACUCAGAUUUUAUAAAUUAAGUUACAGUAUUUUUUGUUUUUCUAUAAUGCUUACCUACUCGUAUUUUACCAUUUAUUUUUCAAAUUUUUAUCGAUUACGAAUAAUUUUUACUAUCGGAGAACAGUUUUAUAGUUUUUUUUUUCAUUAUGCUUACGUUUUCGAAAUGUUAUUUCUAAAAUAAAUCUGCCAUUGUGAUCUUAA